ACGUCACUGAGAUUAUAAACAGGCUCCGCGCGCAGACCGGGAGGCUAUCUUGGCGCCACAGCGAGCGAGAAGGGAAAGAAAGUGAGGCAGUUAAAAUAAACCACAUUCAAAUUGAACAUAGAAAAAGCAAAAAUGAGCGAUAAACUGACCCCAGGAGCUAUUCGGACCAUCGCAAAGGGAGACCAGAUUCAAAACGCCGUCCUGCAAGUUAUUAACACAAGACGCAUCGAAGGUGCCGCAGGAUUACAACGCUUCCGACUGCUGAUGAGCGAUGGAGUGAACACCCUGUCCUCCUUUAUGUUGGCGACUCAGCUGAAUGACCUGGUGGAGCAGAAAGAGAUUGCUGCCAACUGCAUCUGCCGGAUCAAGAAAUACAUCGUGAACACACUGAAGGAUGGAAGACGUGUGGUUAUAGUCAUGGACCUGGAGGUCCUGAAAUCUGCCAGCGAUGUUGGAAAGACGAUUGGAGAGCCAGUUCCAUAUGUGGAAGGUGAAGCAAAGACAACAUCACCUACUUCAAACCCACCUGCCAAGUCAUUCAAGCAACAAAGCAGCUACAAUUCUGAGACAUCUAUGAAUCGGGGUGCCCCAAAGGAUUUGGGGAAACAGAAGGCGUUUCCGGAUCCCCCAAAUACUCCUGGGGGCUCCCAGUCAAAAGUGGUGCCCAUUUCAAGCCUCAACCCGUACCAGAGCAAGUGGACCAUCCGAGCCCGAAUCACCAACAAGAGCCAGAUUCGCACCUGGAGCAACUCCAGAGGAGAGGGCAAGCUGUUCUCCAUGGAGAUCGUGGACGAGAGUGGGGAGAUCAGAGUUACAGGGUUUAAUGAACAAGUUGACAAGUACUACGCUGUGAUUGAAGUCAACAAGGUGUAUUACAUCUCCAAAGGCACUCUGAAGAUCGCCAACAAGCAGUACACGAAUGUGAAGAACGAUUACGAGAUGACGCUGAGCAACGACACCUCCAUCGUGCCCUGCGACGACGCGGGCGACGUGCCCAUGGUGCAGUUCGAGUUCGUUCCCAUUGAGGAGCUGGAGAACAAGGAGAAGGACUCUGUCGUCGAUGUUAUCGGAAUCUGCAGAAGCUACGAUGAAGUAACAAAGAUCACAACAAAAUCCAGCAAGGAAGUCUCCAAGAGAGCUGUGCACCUGAUGGACAUGUCCGGGAAGGUCAUCACCACCACUCUGUGGGGAGAGGAGGCUGAAAAGUUUGACGGCUCGGGGCAGCCUGUCCUGGCCAUUAAGGGGGCUCGUCUGUCAGAUUUUGGGGGUCGAUCUCUCUCUGUCCUCUUUUCCAGCACUCUCAUGAUGAACCCCGACAUUCCUGAAGCCUUCAAACUACGAGGCUGGUUCGAUUCUGAGGGGCACGCUGUUGAAGGGUCAUCUAUGUCUGAAAUGAAAGGCUCUGGAGGUGGGAAUGCUAACUGGAAGACUCUGUCUGAGGUGAAGACUGAAAACCUGGGCCAUGGAGACAAGGCUGAUUACUUCACGUGUGUGGCCACCAUCGUGUACCUGCGCAAGGAGAACUGCAUGUACCAGGCGUGCCCCUCGCAGGACUGCAACAAGAAGGUGGUGGACCAGCAGAACGGACUCUUCCGCUGCGAGAAGUGUGACAAGGAGUUCCCCAACUUCAAGUAUCGCAUGAUCCUCUCUGCAAACAUUGCAGAUUUCAGUGAUAAUCAAUGGGUGACCUGUUUCCAAGAGUCUGCAGAAGCCAUGCUGGGAAAGAACGGAGAUCACCUGGGGGAGCUGAGGGACUCUAAUGAGCAGGCGUUCGAUGAAGUGUUCCAGAACGCCAACUUCAGAACGUACACCUUCCGAAACCGGGUCAAACUGGAAACCUACAACGACGAGUCUCGUAUCAAAGCGUCAGUGAUGGAUGUCAAGCCCGUAGAUCACAAAGAGUACAGCAAGAGGCUCCUCAUGAACAUACGGAAAUAUGCAACGCAGUAACAGGUGCCCGGGAGCACAGAGACCGGGGGCCCAACUCCACCGCCUGGGACGGUCCACAGCACUCUGGGUUUUCCUUUUAACCAGUUCAAAUUUGAUUUCUUUCCUUAUUUAUGGUGUACAUGAAGCAAACGCAGUAGGUACAGAUUAGCUUAAAGGGCUGUGUUUAGAAAAAACUUGUGUGCGCUCUCAGUACAAGUUACCAUUAACUUAGCACACUGAAGUGAGCACGUACGAUGUGUUUCUGAACAUGUUUGUCGUUUUUAUGUGCAUUAUUGGAAAACAAUGCAGAGUAAAUGUAAUGGUUUAGGUUCAAACAAAUAACUGGUGGACUGGAAUUCAAAACCACUGACUGCUAUCGGUAGUUAGUGCUCAGUGGUCUGGGGGAAAAAAAAAGGGCAAAGGCUGAGCUGGGGAUUGGUUUGGUUUAAAAGAAAAAUGCUGAGGGAUUCAGAAUGUUUCAAAAUCCUUUUUCGAAGACCUGCUGUGCUUUGUGAGUUCCAGGACAAAGCUGCACAUCUCUGAUAAGCUUAUUUAAACUUGCACCUCCUGUCUCUCUCCCCUCUCCCCAACUAAGAAUAUUUUUAAAGUGAUCAUAAAUAAAAUCAAACAGCACAGCCUUAUUUGGUAUUAGCGGAGCAUGGUGUCUAAGCAAGCACUUUCUUUUUUUUUUUUUUAAAUCCCCAUUUGUCAACAAUUUGAAAAGUGCUUCUGUCCUGUUUUUGUAGUGGUCUGGCAGUAUUAAUUUUUUUUCUUUAACACAGCGAGGGGUUGUAUACAUCAGCAGGACUGGUCUCAUCUUGUACCGAAGGACCAGUCCAGUCCCAAGUCUGUAUUCCAAUCAGGCCUUAAAUUUGAGUACAUGCAUACAGAGGAAUUAAACUGGGCAGCAGCAGUAGAAAACACACUGGGGUUUUCACAGUAUGAAGUACUGUGAGCUGGUGUGUGUGUGUGCGCACUGAGAAUUGAAAGAACUGAAUGAUGGUGUCUUAUUGAUGCCAGCAUUUGCUAACUCUCUCUAGCACUUGUUUUGAAGUACCAAAAAAAACCAAAACCCUCCCUCGCUUAUAAAACUAAAAGAUGUUCAUUUGCGUGCUUCUAAGUGGUAUAAUAGUCAAGACUUGCCAAGUGGAUGUUAGCUGCAAGAGGUUCAAAGAUGUGUGGGUGGAAGAGAGGAGAGGAGGAAAGCAGCUAUCUGCUCUUCCUUACCCCAGGCAGGGCUUUACUUUGUGGGUGGUUUUGUGUCUUAGUCUCCUGAAAUUACUUUAGUGGCCUGCACUUUCCAAAACAUGUAGAUUUUGCAUUCAAGCAAGGCACUACCUUACCAUGGUUGUAAAUACUGUGACGCACCCUUUUUUUUUAUUGAAUAGCAAUUUUGAGCAAGAAUUUUUCAUGGUCUAUAUGGGCGUCUUCAGAAAUGUUUGGUUGUCAAAUACAGCAAUGGACUUUUUAAUGCACUGGACAUGCUGGGCUUAAAUUACACACGCUUGAAACUGUACUCCAAUUGCUUUUAUUUUAAAAGCAUCAGUACUUGGAGAGCUUUGCUAUCUUUAAGAGCGAGGGUUAACAUGAUUUUCUGUGACAUUUAAACAAUAGGGAGUCUUGUAUUCAACCCUGCUCUUAUGAUGGGGAAAACAUGACCUUCCUUAAGUCUGUGCCCUGAAAACUGACACUUACAUGGUAUUCUUUUCUUAUAUAUAAAUAAAAACAUGGAUGAGUGUUAAGAUGUUGGCUGAUUCAAGACUUUCAGCACUUUAUUUUUCCUUUUCUUUUGCAAAUGCUUUUGUCCUCAGUAAAGUAAGGUAAUGCACUUUGCAGUUUUGCAGAUGCAAGCGGGUUGAAACACUUGAAAGACUUGCUUUGGGGAAACACGGGACCCCUUAUCAUUUUAAGCUGCAUUUCUUCUUUCCAUUUUUAUGUUCAUAAUACUAUGAGAAAGUCUGCCAGAGAUCUCCAGAAGUUUAAAAAUGUCAGCCUGAAGCACCGAAAUGGCGAUUUGUGUUUGGCUAUCGUGCUGCCAUGUAUUUAGUACAUUUAAGCCGUCAAACGGCUUGUGUUUUAGGGAUUCUGAUUUUGAGUUGGGACUAGUUGAUUCAAAACAGUCCAUUUCUUUUUGGGUCUGCAGUGGUUUAUAUGGACGCUUUGUGUGUGCCAGGAUAUCGGAUUGUCUGAUAGCAAAGUAUUUUGAGAACGACCUGGUUCCACUUGUACACGUGUAUAAUAUGAUGUGUCGUCUUUGUGGUGAUGAUGAAAAGCUGUUCAUUUAUUUGUGCUAAUAAAACUAUAAAAAGUCA